AUGCAUUCCCUCCCUCAUCCACCUCUCCUCGCCAAUAGUCAGCUGCAUCAGCAAUCAUCCUCGCAGCAGCUGCAGCAGCAAAAACCGAGACCACAAAAGCAGAUUGCCACGUCAGCGAACGAAUCACUGUACAUGCAGAUGUUUUCGCAAAAGCAGCAGAAACCGCCCCGACCGGGCCGGAUGAAGCGCGUGUCCAAGGGUGACAGCUGGCUAACCAACCCGUACCAAAAGCAGAAGCUGACCACAAAGGGCGAUCCGCGGCUCUACGCCAAGGACCACACACCUGCCUCUGAUCUCCAGGAGGAUCCGAGCAUGACGGGUGGGUAUGGCGAGCAGCACCUGGGUGCAAAUACGUUUAGGACUGACCCCACUUCGUCCCAGUCAUCAUCAUGGAUCGAGGCUCCAAAGCCAAAGAUGCCGCUGGCUGACAUGCCGAGUGUGCCGGUAUUUCGGGUAAUGCAGGACGAGUAUGCGCGGGUGUAUGCAGAGCACCAGAAGGCUGGCAAGCAGAUAUCACACUAUGAAGUGGCUAAGCAAGCGGCGAUUAACCUUCGAAAAACGGCUCACACCGGCCAGGGGCUAGGAAUAAAACACACUGCGGCGCUGCCAACACCAGACAAGUCGAGCGGUAGCACCAUCACGCAGCUACCACGACCGCCGCCGCCUCUGCCGCCCCCACAGCUACUCCCGCCGUAUCAACCCUCUGGCUCUGCCUAUCCAAAUGUCACACCACCCCUCAACACAGGCGGAAGCAUGACAGACAAAGAGAGCACUAUGACGGCUACACCGCCUGCCGGCAGCUACCGGUUCCCCUCUCCACACCAGCCAUCGCUUGCCAAUCUAGGUGGCGCACCCGUGACUGCUGGAAUGAUGUUGCCCGUUACCGGGCCGACGUACUCGCCACAACCCUCCCAAGUUGCACACGCGUACCACCACCCACCGCACCCACCGCACCCACCGCCCAUGCCGCCUCUACCACCUCCGCAGCAAUCGGCCCUAAUUAUUGCACAGCCACCACCUACACCUCUUCCUCAACCACAGCCGCAGCCAGCUGCUAAUUUACCGGUGGCCGCUGCACAUACUGUCGAGUCAUCACACUACCCGCCUGGAACGGUGGUCUACCUUCCCGUGAUCACCGUUUUACCCGGCAGCAGUAGCGCUCCGAAAUCGGCGUCGACCACCCCGACACAGCCGGCUCAGCAGUAUACGCAGUUCCACUCCCCACCCAUCCCCGGGUCGAUGACCCACACUAUGCCUCUGUACAGCCACGUGCAGAUGCCAGUUCCAUCGGGCGCUCGGCCACCGCUGCCCCCUCCCCUUCAUCCUCCUCCCCCGCAGAUGCCCCAGGCGUCCAGCUCCAAGAGCAUGUCGCCGGGUCCAUAUGAUUACAGUUCGCAGGUCAUAGAUACCCGCGACACUGCUGGAUAUGAGCGGGAAAGGAACAUGCCAGCUGACGAUUAUGUCGCACCCCUCCCAAGCAUGCCAAAUUUCACAGACCGAUAUACUCCCGGCUCACGCAGUCGGCGCGGGUCACUAGCGUCGUCGACAAGCGGACAAGGCAGAUCUGGGCGGGAGUCACGGGGCGACCAGUCGUCGCGUGGCAGGAGCCGGUCACCGAGCCGGCACAAUCACCGAUCAUCUGAGCGCCAGAGCGAGCGCUCGAGGUCGCGGGAGCCAACCUCUAGACGUAGAUAA